AUGGUACGCCAUGCUGAAAUUAGGGUACCCACCACAGAGGAGAGAGGGAGAGAGAGAGAGGAAUAGUUGGAUGGACUAUGUCGGUUGAGAAUGGAGGGUGGAGAAGGGAAGGUGAAGGUGCUGCCACGACGUACGUUUGGGUUGGCUGCCCUCUCUGUUUUGUUUUACGUCAAAACGUAAAACGUAUCUGAUCCAGGUUGACAUUUUACCCCCCAAAAAAACUGCAGAGAUUCAGGAUGCGAGCUCAAGAAAAUUAACGCAGAUAUAGAGGAGAGGGGCAGGUAGAAUUAAGAAGAUGCGAGCCAGAAUAUGAUGGAAUCAUAGGAAACAGAUCGGGUUUGCCAUAACAGAGGAGUUGAAUUAAGAAGGCAGGCAGGCAGAGAGACGGGAACAGGGGAUGAGGCGAUGACGAGAAGCUGCUCUCAAGGGGAAAUAUCUCGUCAUUGCUGCGUCAAUUAAUAUAUAUUAGGGUCAGGGAAUUGAAGAAGAAAUUAACAGAGAGAGGGAGAGAGAAGAUGGAGAAGGUGGUAGUGGGAGGAUGGGGGAGGAGUAGAGAGGCGAUGGAAGAGAUGGGGAUAAUAGGGGGGCUGAUAGGGGUGCAGUUUGUGUACGCCGGCAACUCGGUGCUGCUGAGUUACCUCAUGACUCUGGGGCUCAACCCUCUCUCCCUCAUCAUCUACACCGCCUUCUCCACCUUCCUCGUCCUCUCCCCUCUCUCCCUCUAUUUUGAAAGGAGUAAAUGGCCCAAGAAAUUCAGCAUAAAGUUGAUGAUUCAGCUGUUUUUAAUCGCCCUGGGAGGGGUAACUCUGUUCCAAACGCUAUUCCUAAAGGGGAUUAAGCUGACCUCGCCAGCAAUGGCUACAGCCAUGCCAAACCUUGCUCCAGGCCUCAUUUUCAUCAUUGCAUGGACCUUUAGAUUGGAGAGAGUCAAACUAAGCUGUGUAUACAGUAAAGUCAAGAUCGUUGGCACACUAUUGUGUGUCGUUGGUGCCAUCGCAAUGAGCCUUCUGCAGAGUACCACGACAGCAAAACAAGCUGAACAAUUUCCCACUGUUUCGGAAACUAAUCUAUUUGACAGAGGAAAGAUAAUUGGUUCGAUGUACCUAAUGGCAGCAGUUCUCGUAUUAUCAAGCAACAUUGUCUUGCAGGCUGCAACUUUGAGAGCUUUCCCUGCUCCGAUGUCGUUGUGCGCGAUAACGUCCUUAAUCGGUGUGUUUACAACUGCACUUGUACAAUUGAUUCAAGAGCACAAACUGGACUGUGGAUGGCCACUCAUUAGCAUCCAAGACCUCGUCGGCAUUUCUCUACUGGGAGGUGCGGUGGGCGGAGUGUGUGUAAGCUUCAAUGGAUGGGCAAUGAAGAAAAGAGGGCCGGUACUUGUGUCCAUGUUCAACCCCAUUGCAACAGUCUGCUCAGCCAUCCUCUCAUUUAUCACCUUAGGAGAAUCCAUCAAUUUAGGAAGCCUUGCGGGUAUGGUCAUCAUGUUCACUGGUCUGUAUCUUGUGUUGUGGGCUAAAGGGAAAGAAGGGUACUCCUCCAAUGAGGAAGCUUUGGAAUCUAAAACUCGUUUAGAAGGUCGUGUUUGAUGUCAUCAAGUCUAUCUUGAGCAUUUUAGGGUAAACUUCUCCACCAUAGCAAUUUUUUGCUAUGUUUGAUUCCACAAGGUUAGCUCGUGUGGGAUGGACAAUUGUUUUAGGUGAGAUUGUAUGACAAGGUAUGGCUACACAAUUUAUUUAUUCUUUUGUUUUGGGGGGGGGGGGGUGUGGGUGGAUUUUUUUUUUUUUCCUUUUCUUGGGUUUUCCAUGUUAUUCAAAAUUUUGGAAACAAAUAGUGUUAUUCUUUUAAUUGUUGUUGUUUGCCUCCUCCUUCCCCCCUUUUUGGGCUUUUGUAGGGAGGGAGAGCAGAUAAUGGAGUUAAAUGAUACUAAUGUCUCCAUCCA